AGCAUGUGGAAGGAGCGCUCUCAUGGCUGCUGCAAUAACUUAGGGAGCUCCUACCUGGGUGACACUUGGGCACGAUAGAUCAGGAUAAGCUUCCACAUUCCCUCCCUGGAUUUUCUGGAGUUGCUUCCAGGAAGAAGUUCAACUUUCACCUUUAAAUGGAUGACCACGUCACAAUCAGGAAGAAACAUCUCCAAAGACCCAUCUUUAGACUAAGAUGCCUAGUGAAGCAGCUGGAGAAAGGUGACGUGAACGUGGUGGACUUGAAGAAGAACAUUGAAUAUGCAGCAUCCGUGCUGGAAGCAGUUUAUAUCGAUGAAACAAGAAGGCUACUGGAUACAGAAGAUGAGCUCAGUGACAUUCAGUCAGACUCAGUCCCAUCAGAAGUUCGGGAUUGGUUGGCGUCUACUUUUACAAGGAAAAUGGGGAUGAUGAAAAAGAAACAUGAGGAAAAACCAAGAUUUCGAAGCAUUGUGCAUGCUGUUCAGGCUGGAAUUUUUGUGGAAAGGAUGUACAGAAAAUCCUAUCAUAUGGUUGGUUUGGCAUAUCCAGCGGCUGUCAUAGUAACAUUAAAGGAUGUCGAUAAAUGGUCUUUUGAUGUCUUUGCCCUAAAUGAAGCAAGCGGAGAGCAUAGCCUGAAGUUUAUGAUCUAUGAACUGUUUACCAGAUACGAUCUUCUCAACCGCUUCAAGAUUCCUGUUUCUUGCCUAAUUGCUUUUGCAGAAGCUUUAGAAGUUGGUUACAGCAAAUACAAAAAUCCUUAUCACAAUUUGGUACAUGCAGCUGAUGUCACUCAAACUGUGCAUUACAUAAUGCUUCAUACAGGUAUCAUGCACUGGCUCACUGAACUGGAAAUUUUAGCGAUGGUUUUUGCUGCUGCCAUUCAUGAUUACGAGCAUACAGGGACCACAAACAACUUUCAUAUUCAGACAAGGUCAGAUGUUGCCAUUUUAUAUAAUGAUCGGUCUGUCCUCGAGAAUCACCAUGUGAGUGCUGCUUAUCGACUUAUGCAAGAGGAGGAAAUGAAUAUCUUGAUAAACUUAUCUAAAGAUGACUGGAGGGAUCUUCGGAACUUAGUGAUCGAAAUGGUUUUAUCCACCGACAUGUCAGGUCACUUCCAGCAAAUUAAAAAUAUAAGAAGCAGUUUGCAGCAGCCCGAAGGAAUUGACAGAGCCAAAACCAUGUCCCUGAUUCUCCAUGCAGCAGACAUCAGUCACCCAGCCAAAUCCUGGAAGCUGCAUUACAAGUGGACCAUGGCCCUAAUGGAGGAAUUUUUCCUGCAGGGAGACAAAGAAGCGGAACUAGGGCUUCCAUUUUCUCCACUUUGUGAUCGAAAUUCAACGAUGGUGGCCCAAUCCCAAAUAGGUUUCAUUGAUUUCAUAGUAGAGCCAACAUUUUCUCUUCUGACAGACUCAACAGAGAAAAUUGUUAUUCCUCUUAUAGAGGAAGCCUCCAAAACUGAAACUUCUAACUGUGGGGCAGGCAGUUCAACCAUUGUGGGGUUACAUGUGGCUGAGGUGCUGAGACGAUCAAAUUCGAAAGGCUUGGUGAACGACGGGAGCUAUUCCCCAGACUAUUCCCUUACAGCAGUGGACCUGAAGAGCUUCAAGAACAACCUGGUGGACAUCAUUCAGCAGAACAAGGAGAGGUGGAAAGAGCUGGCUGCACAAGGUGAAUCUGAUCUUCAUAAGAACUCAGAAGACUUAAUAAAGGCUGAAGAAAAACAUGCUGAUGCACAUCCAUAGGUCUGAAGCACCUGAAAGGCUUCUGUCACUUUAAAUAUGAGAGGAUAAUGAAAUCAGCACUAAAACCAUCCUAAUCCUCAACUUUCCACAAAGCUAUAUUCUCUUCUUUCAACAUACAAUUAGAUGAGGCCAUUUUAAUUCCUAUAAAAGGAAAAAGAACAUAAAUUUCAAAGCUAGUAACUAGCCAAGUAAAUACCCUCAAGUUGCUAUCGAAGUUUUUGGCCUGUGUUUCAGCUAUUGUUUUUCCUCUGUAUUUUGGCCUUCUUCAAUCAAGCCAGAGAAAUUUUAAUUCAAGAAUUGGACAGUUUUAAAUGCUCAUCACUUCUAGCCCAGACAUAGUGACUGUGCAAUAUGCAAGCAGAAGACAAAGCAUUAAAAAGUGUUUCUUGCACUGUCUUAUGCAGAAUGCUAUAACUACACAUGUUUUCAAGAUCUUAAGUUAAAGAAA